AUACCCACUGGGAUUUGAGUCUGGGCUUUGCUGUGGUAUUUGAUGCUUGUUCCAGGUCAUUGUUGGUUUGGAAGAUGAACCAUCAUCCAAGUCCCAGUGCUCUUGUGGACUUCAGCAUAUUUCCACAAAAGAAUCAAGUCGAGCAGUGUGUCAGCGUCCCAGCAGGGCUGAAGUCGACUGGGUCCAGAGGAAUGGCUCAGACCAGUCAUCUGCAGAUGGUUGAUGAGAAAGACUUGCGCGAUGUAGUUUUGGUCCGAACGAGUGUAGGUGCUUGUUUGCGAGGACAUUUUGGGAGGACAGGACGCAAAGUGGCUGUCAAGUUAAUCAAGGAUAGUAAAUGGAUUGACAGGUUAAAGAAAGAAGGAAUGCUGGGCCAGGUUUGUUCUGAGCAAGUUUUAGUCCCAUUGGGUGUGUACACAACUCACUCUCUGGUUGGGCUGGUGUGGGACUGGAUGACUGAAGGAUCUCUAGAUUCACUACUGCAUGAGACAGACAUGUUCCCAGAGCUUUCAAUGGCUCUUUGUCUUCGGAUCCUUUUGGAAGUUUCUAAAGGUUUAGCUCAUCUCCAUGCCAUUCCUCUCCCUCAUGGAGCCCUGAAAGCCACUAAUGUUCUUCUCGACCAACAGUACUGUGCCAAGUUGUGUGACUGGGGUCAAGAGAUAAACAUGGACUUGAGCACCUCUGAUGGCCGUGGACCAUGUUACAGAGAUCUGGCCUAUGUGUCACCUGAAGUCAUACAAGGUGCUGUUCCUUCUGUAGAGGCUGAUAUAUAUAGUUUUGGGGUUCUUCUGUGGGAAACGUUGAAUAGAAAGCGUCCAUGUGAAGGUAUUGAUCAGCUUCAGACAAAAUUGGAGCUUGGUUUGGAGGUUGACCUUCUGCCACCAAUGACACCUCAAAGCCAUGCCCUCACCCAGCUCAUCAUUAGAUGCUUGAACAGUGAUCCUCAAAAACGACCAUCAGCUGAGGUGUGUGCAGUGGUUCUAAGGACAACUUUGGCAGUGUUUGAUCCACAGACUUUCACCGAAGCUGUUCUUCAUCUGAAAACAUGCAAGGAGAGGAGGCUACUGAGCUGUAAAAUGCUCUCAUCCUGGGAGUUGCCUAUUGAGCUACAUAACCUAGAGGACAAUAAUUGCAAAAGUACCACAAAAAAUUGGAACUCCAAGGUGAUUCCCCAGAAUGAAACUCUGCCAGUGUCUUCACCGGAUGCAAAAGUAAAGGCACCUCUGCCAAUAGCAACAAGAGGUUGUCCUCAGAUUGGAUGUUGUAGGGAUGCUGGCAAAAGUUCAGUCCAAUCCAAUAACUCCUGCAGUGAUCAUGGUUUCACUCAGAUUAUUGGACGUCCUGGAGUUCCCCAGAGACAGAGCUCUACAUCUUCAAGGUCUCCAUGUGUUUCCCCUACAACGAUAUUUCAGAGUAACCCACAAAACAACGCUGGCAACCAGGUAAAAUGUCAGCUGUCUGCGGGAAGGAGCUGUUGCCAACUUCUGCAAGAAAGACGGGAGGCCAUUGUUCGCUGCAUGACUGAGGGGCGACUCAACAACGUACUUGACGUGUUGCGGGCCAGACAGGCUGUGACCCGCGAGACGUACGAGAUCAUCACUGCGGCCCUGACCUUGACCGCACGCACACGCUGUUUGCUUGAUAUCUGUGCCUGCCUUGGUGAAAAUGUUGCUAUCUUGGUGGCCACGACUUUAGGUUUAGUAUCCACUGAAAAUGCUCAGACCACCCAUAGGUGGCAGGCUGGUUAAACAUGCUGCUACUGUUAUGCAAAGGCAAAAUGUGCCUGCACAUAACUGCACAUGAAAUAAUUGAUAUCAGAUUGAUAUAAGAUUUGUAUGGCACUGUAAUGUGUCGUUAAUAUGUCGAGGUGGUUAGCGUGUUCUUGUUUGGACUGCUGUAUAACAGAAGAAGAGAGGUCAGACUCUCUGGAAGGGUAUGCUGCAAUGCAGUUUUAAUCUUGGAUCUAAAAAUCGAAUCAAAUUAACAGUCGUUAUAAAGGGUGCUGAUGAUGUCUUUGUUUCCCAGUUCACAAACUGAAAGGAUUAGUCAAAUACCUUUGAACACGAUGUUCUGAUGAAUGGGCAAAUACAGGCUUGAUAACAUUCCUUCUUUGUUUGUGGAGAGAAACAAAGUCAACAGCACAGAAACAAAUUAUUUUGAAAAGAACCUUUAGGAAAGAUGAUUAGGAAAGCUGUUUCUCUUAAUCAUGCUUACUUUCAGUCUCAGUUGCUGUUAAUACUGAAACUGUUGACUGAGAAGUUCACAGCCUAAUUUAUCAUAAUUAUUCAUCUGACAGACUCAUCUUACUGUAACCACAUUUAUCUUGUGUGAACUACACAUUUCCAAAGAUGCUUUUUUUUUUUUUUUUAAUCUUAGACUUACAAUUGUGCAUGUUGCAC